AUGGCAUCCAUCCCCGAUAUGUUUGCAGAUAUUGUCCAGCGAAUGCCAGAGCUUGAAAAGGUAUCCAAGCAUCUCAACGGACGAUCUCUCCGCGUGGCUACCAUGUGUAGUGGCACUGAAUCUCCACUGCUCGCCCUGGGGAUGAUAUCGCGUGCCAUGGCUGCAAAUGGUCAUACAUUCAAAGUCGAGCAUGUGUUUUCUUGCGAGAUCGAGCCGUUCAAGCAGGCCUAUAUCGAGCGUAAUUUCAGUCCCCCCAUUCUGUUCCGUGACGUGUGUGAGCUUGGUGGAAGUACCGCUACGACCGCUUAUGGUGCGCUAGUAGACGUCCCAGGCAAUGUGGAUUUGCUUGUUGCCGGUACAUCAUGUGUCGAUUUCUCUAAUCUUAACAACGCGAGACUGGGCAUUGAUGCAGGCGGAGAGUCUUCAAACACUUUCCAUGGAAUGCUGAAUUGGGUCAAACGGCAUCGCCCUGCUGUUGUGAUUUUAGAAAACGUUUGCAGCGCACCUUGGAAAGAGAUUGUACUUAAACUGGAAUCUAUCGACUAUGCUGCCCAACCAGCGCGUUUUGACACCAAACAGUAUUAUAUACCCCACACUCGCACUCGUGGUUACUGUGUUGCAUUUGACAGUCGUGCAGCCAAGAAGUGUGGUUUAACUGGCUCACGCCUUUCGGAGGACUGGUUGGAGCGUGUCAAGAACAUGGCCCGCCCUGCAAGCUGUCCCUUGGAUACAUUUUUACUUGAGGGUGACGAUCCCAGGAUCUGGACGGCAAGGGCCAAGCUCGUACAAGAUGCUGGUGUGGAUCGUCGAGCCGCUAAAACAGACUGGGGACGGUGCGAGAGCCGACAUCAAAAGGAGAGAUUCAACAAGGAGCUGGGUUCUAAACGACCAAUGACAGGAUGGGACGAAAGCGGCUUCUGUCAGCCACCAGACUAUGCUUGGGGAGAUUGGUGGAAGGCUCAGGUCGAGCGCGUUUGGGACUUGUCGGAUAUUUUGUACCUCACAUUUGCUCAACGAGGAAUUGAUCCAUUGUUCAAAUCGAUGGUCUGGAAUUUAUCUCAAAAUGUCGACCGUCAAGAUCUUCGAAUGCGCCUGGGGAUUUCCCCUUGCUUGACUCCCAGCAUGAUUCCCUUCCUCACUGCUCGUGGAGGACCUAUGACCGGCCUCGAGGCACUGUCCCUCCAGGGGCUACCAAUCGAGGAGCUCCUGCUCACACGCGAAACCGAAGACCAACUUAUGGACCUCGCCGGCAAUGCCAUGAGUACCACCGUUGUUGGCACUGCCACAUGUGUUGCACUCAUCCUGGGCUUCAAGAUGCUUCAGCCUGGAAACGGAGAGACAGAAAUGGAAUCUGCAGAAACUCUCGAUACCGUCGAGGGCCAUAUUAUAGGCGAAGAAGGACUCGAAAAACGCUCAUUGGAUUUGGCUAGCACAUCCGGUUCCGAUGAAAAGCCCCUCUCUUUGUCCGAACUACGUGAGCUGGCAGCAAAUUCUGUUCGCCUGUGUAUCUGCGAGGGGCGAACGGGGGUGACAAACGCGGUGAUCAAGCGUUGCGUUGCGUGUGGUGCCUCUGCUUGUGCUCGAUGCGCUGGGCGACCCGAACAUGAAUACGUUGAUGUCGUUUUCGACGGAGCCAAAAAUGAAGAGGUGAGCGCCGAUGGCCAGAAGGUGCUCCAUGAACCUCCGAGGUUAUUACCCCGUGACUUUGAGCGUGCAUUGAAGAAGGCUUUGCCGAUGUGCGUUCAAGUUGAGGGUAUCAAAAAGGCGUUAGAAGAAUUAGGUGGCGACGAAGACGUUGAAAUGGCUGAUUCAGGCGAAGAAGAGGACGAAAAUAAGCCAAAGAAGUCGACCAAGGACUCGGACAGCGAAAGGCGUAACAUUGCGCGUAAGGCUCUUCGGAAGAUUACAGGCGUCGAGUUGCGUUUCGUCAUGCUCAAGCGUCAAGAAAUUUGGGUCGCGGUCUACGAUGCCCCUAGCGCACGCUUGGAGCUCCAUAUUUACCCCCAUGGUCCCGAAUGGCGACUUUAUGGCGUUCCUGCAAGUGAUGUGCCCAGUGGCGCCCUAGAACGAACCGUUCUUGCACAACCGCUAGCUCGUUGUACCGUCCCAGACAAUGCGAAGGAUAUGCUCGCCGUCAAGGAUUGGGAACUCUCCGUUCCAGAGGCACGUACAUUUGAUGUUACUAUCAAGGGGAACGACGAGCAAGUGCCGAGUUGGGAAUCGCGCCUCGGUCUUCAAGGUCGAUUCCAUGACAAGAAUGUCUGGCGUACGUUGAAGCUUGAGUGCGGUGAGUUCCCUGACGUCGAGGGCGAAUACCGUCUUUUGGACAAAUGUGGAACCGCCGCUGGAGCACUGCAUGUUCGCGAGAACGAUAACGGAGCGCCAACGUACCUAUUCUUCGAUCCGUCGCGGGGUGGAGAUGUAGCUCUCGAUAGCUUCGUCAUUGCUAGGACAACACGCAGGCUGGAGCAUGGCGAAGCCCGACCCAUUAUUACCAAGUUGAGCAGUCGCUGGAGGCCCAAGGACGUCGAGGAGGAAUCGGUGAAAUGUAACGUUAUGGAGAAAUGGACAAAGGUCUCACUGGAAAUCAAGCCUGCAUCUAGCCAAGGCGCGAAGGUUGCUGUUCCAGCGAAGGCAAUCGAGUUUACAAUCGAAGAGGAUUCAUGUGCUAAGGCGCAUGCCCUCCUUGUAUGCGAUGUUCCCCUUGGUCCUAACCCUGACGCUGUCUGGCCACGUAACCAAUGGGUCGAAGUUGAUAAAGUCCACGAACGUGGGACGUACCGCGCUAUGACCUGGUUAACGGAACGGGUGAGGGACCUUGAGCAUCUAUCGGAAUGGCAUACACUCGCCUCUGUCGACAAGGAUCAUUAUAAAAACUGCGAACGCUGUGCCCCGACCCCUCCUACUAUUCUCUGGUACAAGUACAACCGAAAAAACUAUGCCAUUGAGGACAAGCAACAAGCUGGGCCGUAUGAGCAGGCGUUGAAGAAUCGUCCUUCGCCAUUUGUUACUCAACUCCGCUAUGACGAAGAAUCCGAGCGAGGGACUUUCAGGAUCGGGGUCAAUGUUGCCACGCUCAUGCAUUCCGCUUCUGCAAGGCUGCCCAUACUCAACCGAACAGAACCCAUAGUCCUAUCCUACCGCUUCACCACCAAUUUCGUACCACCUGCCAAGUUGAACCUGCCUGCAUUUACGAUGAAUAGUAAUAGACGGGACCCCGAACAUACGCAACCGAAGAAGUUCAAGCUCGAACUACGUCGAGAACAACUUCGCUCUCUACAUUGGAUGUUGGCGCAGGAGUCCGCCGAUGCGCCCGCGUUUGUCGAAGAAGAAAUCUCGGAGGCUCAACUCGAGCCGCUUGGAUGGCGUGUGGAAGGCAAGGCAGAACGACGAGUUCAUAUCCGCGGAGGUGUAUUGGCCGACGAAGUCGGAUAUGGUAAAACUGCGAUUACACUUGGUCUUAUCGCGUGCACAUUGGACAAGAAGAAUCGUAUUCCUGAUGGCACCCUUCUGGAUGGACGAAUUCGUACAAAUGCGACUAUUAUUGUAGUACCCCCGCAUCUGGUGCUUCAGUGGCCAUCCGAAGUCAAGAAAUUCACCGGCAAGGAGCUCAAGGUUGUGGUGGCCAAGGAUCAGAAGGACCUGAACAACAUUAGUAUUCAGGAUAUAAUUGAUGCGGACGUAGUCAUAACUGCCUCUGGAAUCUACAAGAGUGACCGUCAUCUAGAAAACAUUACGGCAUUCGCAGGCGAAAAGGAUCUUCCCAGUGCCGACGGGCGUUAUUUCAAUGCCAGACUGGACGAGGCAUUUAAUAGGCUCAAGGAGCAAACCGUCUGCCUGAAAGAGCAGGGAGCCAGGGCUGUGAUGCAAAACAUGAUUGAGGCUGUCAAUCAAGCCGGUGAAGAAGUGGAUGUUGUACUCAAGCGACGACUCAAGGGGAAACAAUAUCGAGAGAAAGCUGAUGGUGUGCGAACUCCUUCGCCUGAACCUCAACCUGAACCAUCAUCUCCUGUGUCGUCUGUUGCUCCCCCUUUGACUUCUCCAUCUGAAUCUCCUCCCCCAGAGAAAUCCCGACCACGGCCCAACGGUUCCAAGAUGGUGAUGGAGGUUGUUAUCCCGAUCAAAUCAUCUGCUAAAACCGUCGUGGCUCCUGAGAAGACCGAGAGUCAUGGCAAGAAGCGUCGAGCUACAGCACACAAUCCCAUCGUAAUUAACUCAGAAUCCGAGGAUGAAGACGGAAUUCAGGUGACGUCUGAUAACAAGCGAAAACGAGGUGGCCCCAGCAAAUCCAAAGCAUCUACAAAAAAGAAAGCCAAACGCAAGGCCACAUCUGACGAUGAAGAUUUCCAGGAUGAGGCUUGGAGUGACUCCGACCCUGAGUCAUCGGCCGCAGCUAGCGAAAGCGAAGAUACUGAGGUGGUCGAAAUCUCCGAGGACGAAAAACCUAAGAAAGGCAAGGCAAAAGUUCCCGUAAAACCAAAAGCCGCCGUCAAACCCAAACGACCGCCAAUGAAGAAGCGCAAGACCGAGGAGGACGAAGACUCAGACUCUCCAGAUAAACAGAAAAAACAGAUCAAAGAAAAGAAGUCACGAGUCCAGCAAGAUCCUUGGGGCCUUAACACAGACGAGGUCCGCCAAGACUGGAAACAGAUGCGAUCCCCUCCACUCGAAGCUUUCCAUUUCAAGCGUUUAGUAGUUGACGAAUAUACAUACUUGGACGGCAAGGCCCACGCUGUUGUUACUCGGCUUAAGGCUGAUAAUAACUGGGUGUUGUCUGGCACGCCCCCAAUUCACGACUUCGCUGCUGUGAAGACCAUUGCGGUAUUCCUUGGGUUACACCUUGGUAUCGACGACGACAGUAUAGGCACCUCGGCUCUGGUGAAGAAACGGAGGAAGGAACAAACUGCGGCGGAGAGCUUCCAUUCUUUCCGCGAUGUACGAAGUCUCGAAUGGCAUAUUCGACGACACCACGUGGCCCAGUCUUUCCUAGAUCAAUUUGUUCGCCAGAACGUAGCUGAAAUCGAUGAGAUCCCGUCAAAGGAACAUAUCGAAUACAUCACCUUACCUGCGGCGGAGCGUGCUAUCUAUUUGGAGCUCAAACAUCACCUACUUGCCAUUGACAUGAACGUCAAGAAAACCAAAAAAACUGAUGGUGAUCGAGAAAAGCGUCUGGCAGAAGCCCUGGGUCAAAGCCAGUCUGCUGAAGAGGCCUUAUUGAAACGCUGCUCUCAUUUUGAGCUCGAGGUUGACAUUGACAAUGCAGUGCUCGAAUGCGAGGCAAUCGUUGCAGAGCGAGAACGACAGCUUGAAGCAUGUAAAAAAGAAUUGGCCAAGACACUUCCAGAGAUGCAAAGGCAACAUGCGCUUGUGCUUCGUGAACAAUCUGAACAAACGCCCUUCGGAGACUGGGUGAAGGUGACCAAGGAAAAGGGUGUAGGGGAUGCCGAUGCGAGCAAGAUUAUUAUCGAGCUUAUCGAGGAGGCUGGUUGCAGCGAAGGCAAAGGCAAAUUAUCUGCAACCGCUGCUUCAAGUGGAGGUGCGCCUGAAAAGAAGGUGAAGACCUCUGGAAAGAGCGUGCCCAAGCCGGAUAAUAUCGCCGACCGAGCUUGGAAACUCCGCGAGGAUACCCACGUACUACGGAAGCUCGUCAAGGAAUUAGUCGCGCGGGUCCGUUCACACCGCUUCUUCCUUGCUGUCCGUGACUUGCAGCAAGAUCGUGCGCACCAGAAGAUUGUCGAUUGCCCCUCUUGUGGCCGCAAAAACCUCCCUUGGGAAGACAUUGCACUACUAUCUUCUUGUGGUCAUAUGGGUUGUGAGGAGUGCGUACGUGCUGCUACGUCCAUGGGUAGCGAAGUUUGCGUUCUUGCGCGUAAAACUGGUCCUAAUGAAGAUGGGUGCUCUGCUGGCGCCCGCGACCACAAUGUUGUAAAGGCUAGUAGUCUAGGGAAGGAUGAAGUACAUGACCGACAAGGAAAGCACUAUGGGAAGAAAUUAGAGGCAAUCGUGAACUUGAUUAAAGUCAAGAUACCCAAAGAAGAACGGGUCCUAGUUUUUGUUCAAUUUCCGGAUCUGAUGAAGAAAGUUGCGGCUGCGCUCUCGGACAACCAUAUUCCCUUCCUUCAAAUCCAAGGCACUGCCAACGCAAAAUCCAAGGCACUCGACUCCUUCCAAAAAGCCGAUAGCAAGGACCGAGUUUUAUUGCUCAAUGUAAUGGACGAAUCAGCGAGCGGAGCUAAUCUCACAAUCGCAAACCAUGCCAUUUUCCUCUCACCCCUUCUCACCCCGUCACCUCACAUUUACGAAGCAGCUGAGACACAAGCGAUUGGGCGUGUCCGUCGCUACGGCCAGACGAAAUUGGUGCAUGUGUGGCGUUUCCUCACGAAAGAUUCGAUCGAUACGGAAAUUUAUGAGGACCGCGUAAUUGAACAACUUAAAAGAUGCGAACCAAUUUCGGAAGCCCAGGUUAAGGAGCUAUGUCUGAAGGCGCGAGAGAUCCUUAUUGAGGAGGGAAACGUCCAAUAUGUUGACGCACCUGUAACGAUAUGCGGUGAUAUACAUGGCCAAUUUUUCGAUCUCAUAGAGCUCUUCAAAAUGGGUGGCUUUUGUCCGGAAACGAAUUAUCUAUUCAUGGGAGAUUUUGUGGAUCGUGGGUUCUAUAGCGUUGAGACCUUCUUGCUCCUCCUUGCCUUUAAAGUUCGCUAUCCUGACCGAAUCACUUUGAUUCGAGGCAACCACGAGUCCCGGCAAAUUACCCAGAUUCGAAUGAUCGACCGAAAACAAGAGGUUCCUCAUGAUGGUGCCAUGUGCGAUUUGCUGUGGUCUGAUCCAGAUGACAUCGCAGAUUGGGGACUGAGCCCUCGGGGCGCCGGUUUCCUGUUUGGAGCGAAGGUUACUAAAAUGUUUGCGCACCACAAUGCCAUCGACCUAAUUGCAAGGGCGCACCAACUGGCUAUGGAAGGAUACAAACUUAUGUUUGAUCAAACUAUUGUUACGGUUUGGAGUGCUCCGAAUUACUGCUAUAGAUGUGGUAAUGUUGCAUCUAUUCUAGAACUGGACGAGAAUUUGCGGCAAGAAUACAAAGUAUUUAGACACGCUCCAUCGGAUACCCGUUCUAUCCCUGCCAAGCGACCUCCGGCGGAUUAUUUUCUCUAA